CUAUAAAUCGACUCGCCGUGAAAGGUCAAAAGGUCGUGUAUUGUUGUUGCGGAGGCUACGCACAUGGCGGAAAUAAAAAGUUCUUGAGAGUAAACAGCUAAAAAGAAAAUGUAGUAACGGUUUUGGGUAAAAGAAAAAUGACAGCAACAGGACCAGCUACUGGUGGAUCAGAGCGUAAUGUAAAGAAGAAAGUACAUUUCGAGGAGACAUGGGCACAAAAGAACCAAAGGAAAAAAUUAAUUAAAGGAUCUAAAAAGAAGAGUGCAAAGUCGAAAGAUGCUGAUGAAACUGAGGAUUCAAAUGCACAGGCUGUGUAUGAAGUGGAAACUUCAUCAAAAGAUGGUACUGGAAAAGCUAGUGUCCGGAAAAUGGUUGAUGUUGAAAAGGCUCAUGCCAAGAAAAUGAAAGAUAGUCAUCCACAGGCCAAGUCCAGAAAGAGAGAAGGGGAUGUGGGAGGGAAAAGUGUAGCACGAGCAUCAUCAACAAGUAAAAUGCCUAAAGGUGAUGGAAAGAAAAAUUGGCAGUUUGUUAAUUUACGUGAUGAAGUUAAAAGGGACAUGUUUAGUGUGACGAAGAGGGUCAUGGAGCCACUGAAUACAAGACAAAACCUUGUUGACAGUAAACCAUUCAGCUCACUCGAUAUUGAAAAAAGUGUUUUUUUACCAACACGACCACUGUAUAGAAGGGCCUUGUCUUCACAUGGCUUGAACAGUGACUAUGAGGCUUUGAUGGUGUUGUCUGCUAUAGAAGAACAGCAAAAGAAACGUCACCAGGAACACUUGCAGUCACAGCUUGAAGUGAUACAGAAAAGAGUAAGAAAGACACUAGAGGAUUAUGGGAUUGAAAGCGACAGUGAAGAAGAUGAAGAUGCCCUGAAACUACCUCCUAUAUUUGAUAAUAAGUCUGAGCGUAAAAAGAUGCAGGAGAGGAACUAUGUAAUUGAUCUUAUGGAUACAUUUGAGGAAAAGGCUCUUGUCAAGAAGCAAUAUUUGACAGAGGUGAUGUUCUGGUUUGAUCACCACCUUAAUAUGUUCUCAGAUUUAGUUACACAAGAAGAGAUGAAAGAAAUGAUCCAAGUUACACAUGAGCUCCAUCAAGUUAUCAGAUGUCUCGUAAUCCGGAGGCCGCGGGGUCGAAUCCUGUCAGCAGAUUUUGACCGUGACUCCAACAGUCCCUUCUUUCGGUGCGAAUACUGCAAAUCUUUACAUGUUUUCAUAAAAAACGGUGAACAGGUUGUUGAGAAAGGCAAGAUGUUGUUGGCAGAAACCAGUAAAAUCAUUAAAGAGAGGAAAGCCCAGAUGUCAAAGAGAACAAGAAAGGAAAGAAUUGUUGUAUAUGAGGAUAAAGCACUGCUAUCAGAUCCUCUGAAAUGGGAGUCAGCUGCUAAAACUAUAAUCUCUGUAUUUGAAGACAGUCAUAAAAUGAUAAAAAAUUUGAUGUUCAAAAAUGCCAUACGACUGUGUCAGAAACAGUUUGAUUACAUGAUGGUAGUUUGUGACAAACGUUUUAAAGAAUUAGAAGAGAAGAAAAAACAGUGUCAUGAUUUACAAGGGAAACUUCAUUCUGCCAAGAUGCAGAGUGAUAAGCUAAACCGAGAGAUCGAAGAACAGAAGAAGAAGUUUACAAAACAAUCCCAGGAACUGUUUGAUACAAAACAAGCUCUGGAAAAGUUGCAAGAAAGAAAUAAAGAACUGAAUUCAGAAGUAAUGGAGCUGAACAGUAAAAUCCAACAACUAGAAGGAGAACUGGAGUUACAGAAUAGAACUCCAACACCCCCACCCACCCCACCUGAACCAGAGUACAUCUUUGUGAAAACUGUAGACUCAUCAACAGAGCUAAAGUUGAGGGAAGUAGAAGAAGAAUUGGAAAAUGCAAAGAGGGAGAUAGAGAGAAUUCUGGCUGAGCUGAAUGAAAUAAAUGAGAAGUUCCAGGCAGAACAAGAGAAGAACAAAUUACUUCAGGAGAGAGUAACUGAACUGGAAAAGUUAGAAUUAAUUGAACCAGUUACACCUGUUGUAGAACCACCGGUCAUUGACACAAGGAGAGCUUCAGAUAGGGAGAUGGAGAGAAUUCUGGCUGAGCUGAAUGAAAUAAAUGAGAAGUUCCAGGCACAACAAGAGAAGAACAAAUUACUUCAGGAGAGAGUAACUGAACUGGAAAAGUUAGAAUUGAUUGAACCAGUUACACCUGUUGUAGAACCACCGGUCAUUGACAUAAGGAGAGCUUUAGAUAUGGCAGACAAAGACGUUAAUUACUACAAGACAUUGAUGUCAGGGAUGAAGAAAGAAUUUGAAGUAGAAAUGGAGAAAGUGAAAUCACAUGUUAGGAAGGAAAAGACAAGGGGUGAUGCAAACAUUAAGAAGUUAGAAUAUCAACAUAAAGAUCAGUUAUCUGCUAUACGGAAGGAUACUGUACGCAUGCUUCGUGGCAUCAUGCAUUUCCGUUACCACAUGUUGAAAUGUUUGGAGAAAGAAAACCUCCUUGACCAGGCUCAGGCACUGCAUGACUUAGGAGAUAUUGUGAAAGAUAAGUUAUCACCAGAUCCAAAGGAAGUGCUGGUAACUAUCGUUGGUACAGUAGUAGAUUAUUUACACAAGAUGGAAGGUAUUUUAGGUAAUUCAUUCCUCGCUAUGAGGCUAUUGAUGAAGUAUCAGAUAGACAAACAAGUGGAAGCAGAAGUCCAGCAGAGGAUGGCUGAAAAAGAAAUACAAAAGAAGGCUAGGGAAAUGAAAGGCCCAAAGAAGAAUGUCAACAGUCUUGCAAAAUCUCUAAAGAAAGCCAAGAACAAGUUGAAAAAAGCUAAACAGAAUACUGCCAACUUUUCCUCAGACAGGAAAUACUUGGAUCUUCUGUCAAGAUACAAUGGUAUGAUGAAACUGUACACAAAUAUGCAGAAAGAAAUGGAAGUGCUACAAUCUGACUUUCAUGAUGCAAUGCAGAAGAAGUUACAGGAGAAAGAGACAAUGGUUAUAUCACAGAUCAAAAUGGAGAUGAAGCAGAAAAGGGCACUGGCAGAAGAACAACUAAAGAUGUCAACUGCGGACCAAAGGCAGAACCUAAAGAUGUUGAGUGUAGCUUAUGAGCAAAAUAAGAUAUCAAAAGAUCUUCAUAUGAUGGCCACUGCAAUGAUUCAGAAAACCAUGGACAUUCCACAGCGUAAACUCAAGGCUUUGUUUGAAAAGUACAUAGCAUAUAGAACAAUUUUGGAUUCUAAAGAAAGAGUUAUAAGAGUGCUUACCGAUGAGACUGCAGAUUUGUGUCUUGACACCAGGGGAGAAAUGGAACAGUACCUUCAAACAGUUGAUAGCAAAUUUAAAGACAGUAUGAACAAAUGGAAGGAAGAAAUGAGCCAGUUAGAUAAUGAGAAAUAUGACUUGAAUAAGAGAAUUUACAAUUUGUUCAGUGAAGUGUUAGUAGAGACUGGUGUUCUAUUUGUACAUCCAUUAUUGAGAGACAAAAAUAAAGUUAGUAACAUCACAAGAGCUGCUUCACAGAUGCACAGAAGUCGAGUGAGAGACAUUAUCUUUAAAAAGAAGAAAAGGUGCAAGGAGUUUCUUGCAUUACCAGAGGAACUGUUAGGUAGAGCUGUAACUUUAGGACAAGGUGAUAACAAGUUAUGGAAAAAUAACAAGUUAUGGACACAAAAAGGAUUGCAACAGUCACCUAAUGUAACAGCAGCAAAUGUUGUGUCACCACAUAUGUUGGCCUAUGAAAUCAACAAGUCCAGAAUAGAUGCUUCCAGGACUUUACUUGAAAGAAGACACAGAUAUGCACUAAGCAAGACCGAGAGCUUUAAUAUUAGUCAACAGAAGAAUGUCCAGUUUAUCAGAGAUAUUCCUCAUCAUGAAAUGGAAUUCAAACGUGUUGUUGGGAUUAAUUUAUGAAACCCAUUUUUUUAACACAUUUUGAUUAAAACUAUGUGACUGACUGUGAUGACUGUUAUGUUUAUUGCAAUAGUAAUUAAAUCGUAGAAUCAUU